GGCAGAGGGAGCCAUGUGUGUGCCUGUGAGGGCGCCUCGGGCAGCGUCAGAGGAAGAGUGGAGCCAACAUGGCGUCCUCCGCUGCUCUGUCUCUGCUGCUGUGUUUAGCUUCGUGUUCACUGCAGAUCCGCGGCUCCACACUUUCAUCUGAGCCCUGUUACAAACCCAUCAGAGACCACAGGCCACGAUCCGUCAGGACCCAGGCUCGGCCUCACGAGUACCUGAAGGUGUCGGACCUUCCUCCGUCGUGGGACUGGAGGAACAUCCAGGGAAAGAACUAUGUGAGCGUCACCAGGAACCAACACAUCCCACAGUACUGUGGCUCCUGCUGGGCCAUGGGAGCAACCAGUGCAUUAGCUGACCGUAUCAACAUCAAACGAGGAGGCGCGUGGCCGUCGGCCUACCUGUCGGUCCAGAACGUCAUCGACUGCGGGGGGGCGGGCUCUUGCUUUGGAGGAGAUCACCUCGGAGUCUACGCAUACGCCCACGAGCGAGGCAUCCCUGACGAAACCUGCAACAACUACCAAGCCAGAAACCAAAAGUGUGAGCUGUUCAACCAGUGUGGAACCUGCUCGUUCUUUGAGUCGUGCACCGUGGUGAAGAACUACACUCUGUGGAAAGUGGGAGACUACGGAGACGUUUCUGGAAGAGACAAGAUGAAAGCAGAGCUCUACAAAAACGGGCCCAUCAGUUGUGCCCUGAUGGCCACCAGCGGCCUGGAGAGUUACUCCGGAGGGGUUUUCUCCGAGUUUCACUUGCUCUCGUUGCCAAAUCACAUCGUGUCCGUGGCGGGUUGGGGUGUGUCGGAGGAGGGGACCGAGUACUGGAUCGUCAGGAACUCCUGGGGAGAGUUUUGGGGAGAACACGGGUGGGCGAGAAUAGUCACCAGUUCCUAUAAAGAAGGAGAAGGCAACUGGUUCAACCUGGGUAUUGAGAAACACUGUGUAUACGGAGAUCCCAUUGUUACAUAGACACUCAAAUAAACUGAUAAACUGAUUUGUCUUGUUCAGGUCAGUGAAAUUACAGCUGAUGAUUCGAAAAAUUAUUUUGAAGAUAUGUUAGUUUUUUUGCUGAGAGUAAAAAAAGAAGCAUUUGCUCUGUUUAUACUUUUUAUUAGAUUAAAUGGAUCAAGUUUUAGAGCUGAUCCACGUUCAGACUUGUUUUAAAAACACAGGAUCUGUACAUGAACACAUGAACCUGCUCCGAGCUGAGUCCCUCAUUUAAAUUCCCCUGUGGUCACAUUAACAUACAGGUCAACGUUACACACUGAGCUGCCACGUAAAACACUUUGUUUUCAAGAUAUGAAAAUGUGUCACAUGUAAUUUUGUUGUUUGUCGCCUUCAUUUGUUAAGGACAUGAUUUAUAUUUAAAUUCAAAUACUUCGAGAGUGACAAAAAAAUGUAUAUCAAUAAAUGUUGAAACCUUUUAAUCCUU